UUCGCCGCUGCUCAAACGGUUCUCCUUCGCCGCUGCUCCUCUUUCGGCGUUUGGAUUCAGGUUUAGGUUAUUGGAUUAUGGCACGGGGGAGAGAUAGAAUCAGUCAACUUCCCGCGGAUAUACUUGACCACAUCUUGGGAUUUUUGCCAAUUAAAGAUGCUGCUAAAACCGCUGUGUUAUCUUCCAUUUGGAGAGAUGUUUGGUUGAGUCUUACCCAACUCAAUUUUGAUCAUGAGUUCUUUUGUUAUAUGUAUAAAAAACAUCGACAUGCUAUCAAGUAUGCCAAGAAAUCAGCAGUGAGUUUAUACGUGAUCAACAAAGUUCUGCUGCUGCACAAUGGAACUAUUCGGAAAUUUGUUCUGAGUUUUUAUAAUGUUGGGAUACGUGCAAUUAGGUCUCGGUCUUAUGACUUUGACCAAUGGUUACUUUUUGUCACAAAGAAAGGUGUUGAAGAAAUCUACAUUCGUUUUGACAAAGAAGCGUACAAGUUGCCAGGCUGCGUGUUUUCUUGCUCAACACUUAAGAGAUUGCAUCUUUAUGGUGUCGUUGUUGAACCAAUGAAGUUCCCUUGCAUAUUGCCUAAUGUUGCUUCACUUUGUUUUGAAUGUGUUGACUUUGGUCCUAUAAAUUGUCUAGAUUGUGCUAUUGACGUUCCUGUACUCGAGAAGUUGUCUUUUAUCCAAUGUCAUGACAUAUUUCAUUUUGACAUUACUGCUCCAAAGCUAUGUAGUUUAACAAUUGAACAUUGCUCAUCUACCGUGAGGGGAAAAUUUCUUCCGGUUAGCUUGGACUUGAGAUCUAUUUCUACUCUUGAUUUGGGUGGUCGUCUCCAGGGACUUUUUAAAGAAAUCACUAGUAUGGGAUUUCAACUAAAUGUGGAAUACCUUAAGCUUUCAUGUCACCAUGGAUUCUAUACCAAAAGUGACGGAUCAUCUUCUGUGUUUGUUCAUUUGCUGCGAUUAUGCCCGAAGUUAGGCAAACUCGAUAUCAAUUCAUUCUGGUUUGAAUCAUCGCUUACUAAUUGUAUGGACACCUUGUUGGAACUUCAUGCUGCGGCUCAAACAAAUAAGAUGCUCCGUACUUUGAAGUUUAUCUCAUUUGAAGGGUCACGUUCUGAAACGCUUUUCAUUAAGGACCUACUUGCCAGUUUUUCAACGCUUGAAAAGGUUGUCAUUAUUCGUGAGAAACGUUACUGCAAGAAGGACUCUACUGGAGUUAUGCUGGAGCUUUUGGAUCUUCCCUUUGCCUCCACAAAAACGAAAAUUAUUAUGGUCUAGUUGAUGGAAUGAAGCCUAUUGGUGACGACAUUGUCCCGAUGUUUUGGAAGAAACGGCUUAUUUUGGCACACACACAAAAUUCUCCGCAAUGAUGCUGGAGGGAUGAAAUUUUUUUGUCAAGGGAUUAUUUGUUUGCUUUCCUGCGCUCUUGUUUCAACACUCGAGAAGGGUGCCAUUGUUCAUUGCUAGAGUUUGCAAGAGGUUUUGAAUUUCACUCGUGUCUUGAAAAAGCAAAAAUGAUUUUCAUCUUAUUGUAUUUUUACUAUUGGACUCAAAUCCUUUUGUUUUCUUCUAUGAA